UGAACAUAUCCGCUAGUGCUGCAAGAGCUUCUCCUCGCCUCUGGGAAGGAUCUUGUCUGAAGAAGCUUUUGGGGAAUAAGAAGCAACGGCCGCCGCGAUGAGAGUGCUGAUUGUCCUGUCGGUGUGCGUGGCUCUGGCUUGCGCUGCGUCGCCCCCUCGCUCUGCGCCCGAAGCCGGAGUCGAAGUCAAAGCUCGGACGAAGAGGGACCAUCCAGUGGAGAGCAGCUACGCGGCCCCUCCCCCCUCCGAUGGCUACGGCGACAGCGGACACUACUACUACUAUUACCCAACUGAAAUGAUGCCGGAGAAGAAGGAGGAGGAGGAGGAGGACAAGAAGAAGGACAAGUGCGCUGUGGAAAAGCUGCUGCCUCCCAUCAUCUUGAUCACGAUCUUCCUGGGCAUCAUCGCCGGCGUGCUCGUGGGGCUCUUCCCGUCCCUGACUUGGCCCUCCGUCCAGCAGAUCAUCCAGGCACUGAGCCAGCCGAAGGCGGGGAGAGCGAUGGACAAUAUGACAGUGAUGAUAACCCAAGCUGUGGAGAGCGAGGACUGCUUGGAUCGCCUCUUCUGUGAAUCUGGAAAAUUCGCUGACGGAUACACAACUAUUGUCAGUUUGCUCGAAUUCUUCACUCCUCGCGCCUACGAGAGCAAGAUGAAGAUCUUCAAGGACUCCGCUCUCAGGAAGACGGACUGCAAGCGCUACAGAUGCUCCUACGUGGACGGAAAGCCCAAAUCGGAAGCUCACUAGCGGCCAUUUCCCUCUCACUCUUUGCUCCUUUUCCAAAAAUGUAAGCGGUAUGCACGAAAUUUCCGUUUUUUCUUUUUCUUUUACAUUGCUUGCUGAGCUAAGCUCUUGAUUCUUAUUAUCUGUCUCUUUAUGUCUCUGUCUGUCUGUUUUUUCUCUCUCUCUCUCUCUCUGUCUGUCUUUCUCUUUCUCUCCUAAAGUUAAAAUCAAAAGGGAACGUUGUCCUAGCCUCCCUCCCCCCAUCUUUGUUCCUUUUUUUUCUUUCAAAAUUAAUCUAAAAAGAAAAAAAUUACACCUUUUAUUGCAAAACAAAUCAAAUCGAAAACAGAAAAUUGAAAGGUUUCAUCUCUUCUUUUCCACCUAUAAUUUUCAUAUACACACGGCCAGAGCAUAAUAGUUUACAUUUUCAUAUGCAUAUUUUCCAGUAUCUCAGUGAGAAAAUUCAUGCUGGUUCAUGAAUUCUCAAAGUUUACACUCAUAUCUUUCAACCAUGUUUUUGUUUGUUGUUUUGAUGUUCUGUUGAUGUUUCUAUUUAUUACGUAUUUAUUAAUCUCUGACAUAUCACACAUGACUUGAUAGACUCAGGUAUAACAGUAAGAUGCAUCUUGACCGAGACUACUUUUAAGGCAACAAAGACUAGACUGAAAAAAACUCGAGACUUUUUUUAAUGAUAACUGACGUGGACUAUAUAAACCCAAGUUAACGAACUCCUCACCCAUUACCCAUAUCACUGAGAAUAUCAUUAAGAUGCAUCUUAACUUACUUUUAUGACAACAAAAACUAGACUGAAAAAACACUCGAGACUGACAAAGUGACAUAAACUUUAUAAACCAAAGUCAGCGAUUUUCUUUUGUAUAUAUCAUUCAGGCAUAACAUUUUUCAAAGCAAAAUUAAUCGUUUAUUUCAUCAAAUUGUCAUAAAAUUGCAUACUCAUUCUUUGUCAAAUAGUGUCAUCAAUAUAUUGUAUAUUUUUCAGCAUUCAAUAUUGCCAUACAUCGACUGUAUAUUUCGCUUUACUGUAAAUAAUCCCACAUAAAAAAAAGUGUUUUUGGUGUAUAAAUUAUGACUACAUGAACUCGACCAGACUGACGAAACUGAUAUAUUUUGUUAACACCCAUUCCCAUUGUUUUGUUUCACUGCAUGUGCCAUAAUAAAGUGAAGGAUAUACUAUAAAGAAAUA